UGCGGGUUGGCCACGCCGCCUCUCCAAAGCGGGAGCCUUAGUGGGGCGGGAGUAAGGAGAUCACGUGGAAGCCCGCUGAUUGGUGGACGCCUUGUUUUUCCCCCAACGCUGAUUGGCCGAGCCGCGCCGUCACUCGAGGACAUUUCCGGGGAGUUGAGACAGAGAGAGAAGAGAAAAGGGAGCUCAGAGGAAGAAGAAGAAGGAGACUUCGCAGAGACCGGAAGUCGCCCGUUCAAUUGCUAGCCUCGAGCGCGCCGCGGCCGUUAUUUCCGUUGGGUCUUCCUCCUCCUCCUCCCCCCUUUCUUCCCUCCCUCUCUCUCUCAUGGCCGAAUUCGACGUCUUCGCCGCCGCCGCCUCCUCCUCCUCCUCCUCGCCGCCUCCAGCGGGAAACGGGGCGCUGUUAGCCGGGAGCAGCGGCGAGGAGGACCCGGCGGCGGCUUUCCUGGCGCAGCAGGAGAACGAGAUCGCGGGCAUCGAGAACGAUGAGGGCUACAACAUCCUCGAGAACGGCGAGGUGCCCCCCCGGGAUAUGCAAGGCCAGGAAGGGCUCUCCUCCGCCGAUGCAAUUGAUGGAGUGACGAAUGGUGAUAUCUACCAGGAGAGCAACGGUCCAACAGACUGCUAUGCUGCUAUUUCACAAGCCGAUCGUCUGCAGACAGAACCAGAAAGUAUCCGUAAAUGGAGAGAGGAGCAACGGGAACGUCUAGAAGUACUUGAUGCAAACUCUCGAAAGCAAGAAGCAGAAUGGAAAGAGAAAGCAAUAAAGGAGCUGGAGGAAUGGUAUGCAAGGCAAGAUGAACAGCUACAGAAAACAAAAGUCAACAACAGGGUGGCAGAUGAAGCUUUCUACAAACAACCCUUCGCUGACGUGAUUGGUUAUGUCACAAACAUAAACCAUCCUUGCUACAGCCUAGAACAGGCAGCUGAAGAAGCCUUUGUGAAUGAUGUUGAUGAAUCGUCCCCUGGCACCGAGUGGGAACGUGUGGCUCGGCUCUGUGACUUUAACCCCAAGUCGAGUAAGCAGGCGAAGGAUGUGUCCCGCAUGCGUUCAGUGCUGAUCUCACUCAAGCAGGCUCCACUGGUUCGCUGAAGGGAAGGCAUACACAACACUAUAAAUGCAAUAUCUUUACCUUUACUCAGAGAAGCUGUGUUUGCAGUAAUUGGAUUAAUUAUGUUUAAAUGUUUCUGUUUUUGGACCAAACCUCAUGAUGUAUUUAGAGUUUGAUCAUUGUUUUGUGAUUGCAUGUUCUUCCCUCAUUUGUGUCCUCCUGGUGUCCAGAUUGGGAGGUAACUUCUAGAAUCGUAAUCUCUGCUGCCAGGCACUGAGAUUUCACUUUCAACUGUACUGAUAUUAAAGGUCUGUUUAAACAGCA